AUGAGAACCAUGAUGCUAAAGUCGGAUAGGUUCGACCCAUUGGAGGAGGCCUACGAGGGUGGAACUCCACUGCGGCAGCAAGCUGCCGCAAGUGGAUCCACCACUAAUAAGUCAUGGGCUAAUACAAUGCCAGGUCGUUGUGGGUUGUAUGAACCAGAUUACGAGAAGGAUGCAUGUGGUGUUGGUUUUGUAGCUAACAUUAGAGGUACUCCCUCGCACAAGAUAGUCGCAGAUGCGAGAUUUCUGCUCUGUAAUAUGACCCAUAGAGGUGCUGUUUCCUCUGGAGGAAACGGUGAUGGUGCUGGUAUUCUGGUUGGGAUCCCACAUGAGUUCAUGAAGCGUGAGUUUAUGCUUGAUUUGGGAGUUGAAGUGCCCUCGAGCGGUGAAUACGCCGUUGGAAACGUAUUUUUCAAAAGAGAUCAGGAACUAGAACAACUGCAACAGGCCAAGGAUGUGUUUGAAGAAAUGGCAGACUCGUUGGACUUAAAGGUAUUGGGUUGGAGAAAUGUUCCACGUGACUCGACUAUAUUGGGUGAAGUAGCACUAUCUAGGGAACCAGCUAUCUGGCAACCCAUGGUGGUACUAAAGAGCGGCGAAUUUAAUGAGCGUGUGUUUCAGACAAAGUUGUAUAUUCUCAGGAAGCAAGUUACUGAGCGUAUUGGUAUCGAAAACUGGUUUUACGCUUGUUCGCUCAGUAACCGUACCAUCGUCUACAAGGGUCAGCUGACCCCAGCUCAGGUCUAUUCUUACUAUUACGAUCUUAACAAUGCUCAUUUUGAGUCCCAUAUGGCUCUAGUGCAUUCGCGGUUCUCCACUAACACUUUUCCAUCUUGGGACAGAGCUCAACCUUUGAGAUGGCUAGCGCAUAAUGGUGAAAUUAACACAUUGAGAGGAAACAAGAACUGGAUGCGUGCCCGUGAAGGUGUGCUAUCUUCAGAGACUUUCAAGGAGCAAUUGGAUUUACUUUACCCUAUUAUUGAAGAAGGUGGGUCCGAUUCUGCGGCUUUGGAUAACGUUCUUGAGUUGUUGACCAUUAAUGGUACGCUUUCGCUUCCUGAAGCCAUUAUGAUGAUGGUUCCUGAGGCUUAUCACAAAGACAUGGACUCCAAUUUAAAGGCAUGGUUCGAUUGGGCAGCUUGUCUAAUGGAGCCAUGGGAUGGUCCUGCACUACUGACUUUCACCGACGGUCGUUACUGUGGUGCCAUGCUUGACAGAAACGGUCUUAGACCUUGUCGUUACUACGUUACAUCUGAUGACCGUGUGAUCUGUGCUUCAGAAGUCGGUGUCAUUCAUAUCGAUAACUCUAUCGUCUUGCAAAAGGGUAAGCUGAAGCCAGGUGACUUGUUUCUUGUCGACACAGAUAAAGGUGAGAUCGUAGACACAAAGAAGUUGAAGUGCGAGUUUGCUAAGCGUAAGGAUUUCAAGUCGUGGCUCUCCAAGGUCAUUAAACUGGACGAUUUGCUAAUAAAGAACAAAAAAUUGAUUCCAGCUCAGUUUAUCACAGAUGUUUCUAACGUAAAAGUGCAAACUGAUCCAAGGCUGCUUGCUAAUGGUUACACUUUUGAGCAAGUUUCAUUGCUGUUAACUCCAAUGGCUUUGACUGGUAAAGAAGCACUAGGUUCUAUGGGUAAUGACGCUCCUUUGGCAUGCUUGAACGAGGACCCCGUACUGGUUUACGACUACUUCAAACAAUUGUUUGCUCAGGUUACGAAUCCUCCUAUCGAUCCCAUCCGUGAAGCCAACGUUAUGUCUCUAGAGUGUUACGUUGGUCCCCAAGGUAAUCUCUUGGAGAUGCAUCCCUCGCAGUGUGACAGACUUCUAUUGAAAUCUCCGAUCUUGCAUUGGAAUGAAUUCCACGCUUUGCAAAACAUCGAAAGAGUUCAUCCAUCGUGGUCUAUCGCAAACAUUGACAUAACUUUCCCUAAAACCGACGGACUGCUCGGUUACACGGCCACUAUCGAACAUAUUACUCAGCUGGCAAGUGACUCAAUCGAACAAGGUAAGAAGAUUUUGAUUCUCUCGGAUAGAAAUUUGGGACCUCAAAGAAUUUCAAUCUCAUCUUUGGUCGCUGUCGGUGCCAUCCACCACCACUUGAUCAGGAACAAGCAACGUUCUCAAGUGGCUAUCAUCUUGGAGACCAGUGAAGCCAAGGAAGUUCACCACUUUUGUGUUCUUCUGGGAUACGGUUGUGAUGGUAUUUUCCCAUACCUCGCCAUGGAAACCCUUGUUAGAAUGAACCACGAAGGUUUAAUUCGUAACAACGACGAUGAUGACGUCCGUGUCGAUGAUUUCACGUUAUUGGAAAACUACAAGCACGCAAUUGACGGUGGUAUCCUAAAGGUUAUGUCCAAGAUGGGUAUCUCCACUUUGGCCUCUUACAAAGGUGCUCAAAUCUUUGAAGCAUUGGGUGUCGAUAACUCUGUGAUCGACGUAUGUUUCGCAGGUACCGCCUCCAGAAUCAAGGGUGUCACUUUUGAGUAUUUGGCCCAGGAUGCUUUCUCAUUGCACGAACGUGGUUAUCCCUCAAGGUCAAUAGUCAACAAAUCUGUUGCCUUACCUGAGUCUGGUGAUUACCACUGGAGAGAUGGUGGUUAUAAGCACGUCAACGAUCCAACCGCUAUUGCUUCUUUGCAGGAUUCCGUAAGGAACAAGAAUGAAAAUGCUUGGGAAAUGUAUGUGAGGAAGGAAAUGGAGGCUAUCAGAGACUGUACACUAAGAGGUUUGCUCGAAUUGGAUUACGAAAGCUCUACGGCCAUCCCAUUGGAACAAGUCGAACCUUGGACCGAAAUUGCCAGAAGGUUUGCUACAGGUGCCAUGUCCUAUGGUUCCAUCUCCAUGGAAGCACAUUCAACUUUGGCUAUUGCCAUGAAUAGACUAGGUGCCAAAUCCAAUUGUGGUGAAGGUGGUGAAGACGCAGAACGUUCUAUCGUUCAUGAAAACGGUGACACAAUGAGAUCCGCCAUCAAGCAAGUCGCCUCCGCCAGAUUUGGUGUUACUUCAUACUACCUAUCUGAUGCUGACGAAAUUCAGAUUAAGAUUGCUCAAGGUGCUAAGCCAGGUGAGGGUGGUGAAUUGCCAGCUCACAAGGUCUCCAAGGACAUCGCCAAGACCAGACACUCGACUCCAUACGUGGGUUUGAUCUCUCCACCUCCACAUCACGACAUUUACUCCAUCGAAGAUUUGAAACAACUGAUUUACGACUUGAAAUGUUCCAACCCAAGAGCAGGCAUCUCUGUCAAAUUGGUAUCUGAAGUCGGUGUCGGUAUCGUCGCUUCAGGUGUCGCCAAGGCCAAAGCUGAUCAUAUUUUAGUUUCUGGUCAUGAUGGUGGUACUGGUGCUGCUAGAUGGACUAGUAUCAAGAACGCUGGUUUGCCAUGGGAGUUGGGUCUAGCUGAAACCCAUCAAACUUUGGUCUUGAACGACUUGAGACGUAACGUUGUUGUUCAAACUGACGGUCAAUUGAGAACUGGUUUCGAUAUUGCCGUUGCCGUCUUGCUAGGUGCUGAAUCCUUUACGCUAGCCACUAUUCCAUUGAUCGCCAUGGGUUGUGUGAUGCUGAGGAGAUGUCACUUGAAUUCGUGUGCUGUGGGUAUCGCCACACAGGAUCCAUAUUUGAGAAGUAAGUUCGAAGGUCAACCAGAACAUGUCAUCAACUUCUUCUACUACUUAAUUCAGGAUUUGAGAAAGAUCAUGGCUAAGUUGGGUUUCCGUAGUAUCGACGAGAUGGUGGGCCACUCUGAAAAAUUGAGAAAGAGAGCUAACGUGAACACCAAGUCCAUUAACAUUGAUCUUUCUCCAAUCUUGACUCCAGCUCACAUUAUUCGUCCUGGUGUCGACACAAGAUUUAGAAAGAAGCAGGACCAUAAGUUGCACACUCGUUUGGACAACAAAUUGAUUGAUGAGGCGGAAGUUACCUUGGAUCGUGGUCUACCAGUCACCAUCGAUGCAGAGAUUAUUAACACCGAUCGUGCACUAGGUUCAACGCUUUCUUACCGGGUUUCAAAAAGAUUCGGUGAGAAUGGUUUACCUCAGGACACUGUUGUGGUCAACAUCCAAGGUUCAGCUGGUCAAUCCUUCGGCGCCUUCUUGACUCGCGGUAUCACAUUCAUCUUGGACGGUGACGCUAACGACUAUGUUGGUAAAGGUUUGUCAGGUGGUACUUUGGUCAUUAGACCUCCAAAGGGCUCUAAUUUCAAGAGUGAUGAGAACGUCAUCGUUGGUAACACAUGUUUCUAUGGUGCAACAUCUGGUACAGCAUUCAUUUCAGGUAACGCAGGUGAACGUUUUGCUGUUCGUAACUCCGGUGCAACCAUCGUUGUUGAAAAGAUCAUGGGUAACAAUGCCUUUGAAUACAUGACCGGUGGUAGAGCAGUUGUUCUUUCUCAGAUGGAAUCUCUAAAUGCCUUCUCUGGUGCUACAGGUGGUAUCGCCUAUUGUUUGACAUCUGAUUACGAUGACUUUGUUGGCAAAAUCAACCACGACACGGUCGAAUUGGAGACCUUAAGCGACCCUGUUGAAAUUGCUUACGUCAAGAACUUGAUUCUUGAACAUUACAACUACACCAAAUCCGAGCUAGCCUCCAAGAUCUUGGGUAACUUCAACUACUACCUAAAGAACUUUGUUAAGGUUAUUCCAACUGAUUACAAAAAGGUUUUAUUGAAGCAAGCUGCAGACAAAAUCAAGGAGAAGCAGUUGUCGACAAGUGAAUACUUGAAAAGAUUCCAAAGGACAGCAAAUGGUAAAGCCGACGCCACCAAUGGCGAAGUUGAUGCCAUGGUGUCAGCCAAGAAGAAGGAAAACAGCAUAUCAUACAAAUCUACAGCUGUCGAACCCAAGGUUGUUGAUUUGGAAGACGCUAUUCCAAAUGCUGACCAACUAGGCAAGAAUGCUGAUAAGGUUGAGAAGUUGGAGAAGAACCGUGGAUUCAUGAAAUACAAGGUUCGUCAUGAAAGCAAGAGAAGUCCAGCUGCUAGAACCAAGGAUUGGAAAGAGUUUGCUAACACCUUGGGCAAGAAAGAUGCCAAAUAUCAAACUGCAAGGUGUAUGGAAUGUGGUACUCCUUUCUGUCAAUCAGAUACCGGUUGUCCCGUCUCCAAUAUCAUUCCUAAGUUCAAUGAUUUGGUUUUCAAGAACCAAUGGAAGUUAGCGUACGACAAGUUGACCGAAACCAACAAUUUCCCAGAAUUUACUGGAAGGGUGUGUCCAGCACCAUGUGAAGGUGCUUGUACUUUGGGUAUCAUUGAGGAUCCCGUAGGAAUCAAGUCUAUUGAAAGGUUGAUUAUCGACAAUGCCUUCAAGGAGGGAUGGGUCCAGCCUACUCCACCAGAGUCACGUACUGGCCGUUCUGUGGCAAUCAUUGGUAGCGGUCCAGCUGGUCUAGCUUGUGCCGAUCAAUUGAACAAAGCAGGUCACUAUGUUACGGUUUACGAAAGAGCAGACCGUUGCGGUGGUUUGUUGAUGUACGGUAUUCCAAACAUGAAGUUAGACAAAUCUGUUGUUGAGCGUCGUGUCCAAUUGCUGGCAGCGGAGGGUAUCCAGUUCGUCACUAAUACGGAGAUCGGUAAGGAUGUUGCCAUUGAGGAGUUGAAAUCACAAUUCGAUGCUGUUGUGUACGCCAUCGGUUCUACCAUCCCCAGAGACUUGCCUAUUAAGGGCCGUGAAUUGAAGAAUAUCGAUUUCGCCAUGACCCUUCUAAAGAACAACACCUCUGCAUUCUUGCAGAAGGAUAUGGAAACGAUCCGCCAAUCACUCGCCGGUAAGAAAGUUAUUGUUAUUGGUGGUGGUGAUACCGGUAAUGACUGUCUUGGUACGUCUGUUAGACAUGGUGCCGCUUCUGUGCUAAAUUUCGAGUUGCUCCCAGAACCACCAAAGCAGCGUGCUAAGGACAAUCCAUGGCCACAAUGGCCUCGUGUCAUGAGAGUGGACUAUGGUCAUGCCGAGGUCAAGGAGCAUUAUGGUAGGGACCCAAGAGAGUACUGUAUUCUAUCGAAGGAAUUUAUCGGUAACGACGAAGGCGAAGUUACUGCGAUCAAGACUGUCCGUGUGGAGUGGAAGAAGUCUGAGAGUGGUGUAUGGCAAAUGGUUGAAAUUCCUGGCAGCGAAGAGAUUUUCGAGGCUGAUGUUGUACUAUUAUCUAUGGGUUUCGUUGGUCCCGAACUAUUCGAAGAUCCAAGUGUAAACAAGACCAAGCGUGGAACGAUUGGCACACUCAAUGACGCUUCCUACAGUGUCGAUGGUGCAUCGACCUAUGCCGCAGGUGACUGUAGAAGAGGACAAUCGCUCAUAGUAUGGGCUAUCCAAGAGGGUAGAAAGUGCGCUGCCUCCAUCGACGAGAACUUGAUGGGUGACACUUACCUACCUGGAAGCGGUGGUAUUGUAAGGCGUGACUACAAGUUGCUUGAAGAAUUAGCUGCCACCGUCUAG